CCAGGGGUCACUCUUUUGCUAUAAAUGAUGUUUUCCGGUGACAGCAAAGGGAUGACAACACUGUAGGGCCCGUUUUUCCAUUCAGACUGUCUACCCAACAUCGACAAAAACUAAGUUAGCUUACCUAGCUUUGAAGCUAACGUCAGUAAAGUGGAUCACGUUUGUAGUUUGACAAGCGUGGAGUUAGUUUGGAAGCCCAGCAGCAGGGAGUUUAGGGUUAUACCUCUGCUUUGGGGGGAUUUAUUCUUUAUGUUCUACUGGGAAGAGCAACAACAGUACCAUGGCAGAUGACAAGGACGUAUUGAGAGAUGUUUGGUUCGGCCGGAUACCCACCUGCUUCACUCUGAACCCGGAUGAGGUGACUGAGAGAGAGGCAGAAGCAUACUAUGUGCUACUACCUAGGGUGAGCUACCUGCCUGUUGUCACAGACAAGGUGAAAAAGCAUUUCCUCAAAGUGAUGAGGUCAGAGGACGUGGAGGAGAUGUGGUUCGAGUAUGAAGGAACACCACUCAAAUGGCACUAUCCUAUUGGGGUUCUGUUUGAUCUUCAUGCCUCUAAUACGGUCCUACCCUGGAGCAUCACUGUGCACUUUAAGAAUUUUCCAGACCAGGACCUGCUGCACUGCUCAUCAAACUCUGUAGUCGAGGCUCACUUCAUGUCCAGCAUCAAGGAGGCGGACGCCCUCAAGCACAAGAGCCAAGUUGUCAAUGACAUGCAGAAGAAAGACCACAAGCAGCUGUGGAUGGGCCUGCACAACGAUAAGUUUGACCAGUUCUGGGCCAUGAACAGGAAGCUGAUGGAGUAUCCCACUGAGGAUGGAGGCUUUAGGUACAUCCCCUUCAGGAUAUACCAGACGCUGAGCAACAGGCCAUUCAUCCAGAAACUGUUUCGCCCUGUUUCGCCUGAAGGCAGUGCACACACACUUGGCGACCUGCUGAAGGAGAUGUAUCCAGAUGCUCUGACAAAUGAUGGUGAGCUAAAGCGUUACCAGGUCUUGAUCCACGGCAUCGAACCUCUGCUGGAGACUCCUCUACAGUGGCUCAGUGAACACCUGAGCCACGCUGACAACUUCCUGCACAUCUGUGUCGUCCCUGUGCCCACAGAUUGAGGCCGCACCUCUACACCUUAUCAUGGAGGGGACUCAUCAGCCAAUUAGCUGCCAGCUGGGUAACCUCAGACAUGGUAGCACCUCACGGUGGAGACUUGGAACUGACCGACAUUAAAGGAGAAUGAUCAGAAUAUUAAUCAUGAAUAUGAAAAAAGAUGGGAAAUGUGAUAUUUAACAAAUUUCUCUUGUUUGUUUACAUUUCCAUCUGGUCAUUAAUACUACUACUCCUCUUUUCUCCGAACUUUCUUGAUGCAUACAAAUUAUGAAGAGAACUUUUCUUCUGUUGUUUCCUUUCAGAUUGAGGAGCCUUUCUUUAAGAGAAGAAAUUACUCCUUUUUCAUGUUCCUCUGUUUCAUAUUUUCUCCAAAUAACCAAAUAUAUACACUGGAGUUGAACAUAUAUUUUUUAAUUUCCAUCUUCCUUCUCAUUAUCAGACUGUCUUGGAGACAGGGAAGCUGUUUUUUUUUAGGAGAAUGCCAUGUCAGGUUCUGCUGAAGUUGCCUUAGUUACUACAGUCGCACAUCGUGACUUCCAUGGUGUUGAUGAGUUUACAUCACAGCCUAGAAAGUUCUUCAACUUUUAGGAAUCAUAUCUCAAAACGGUUGCAUUGCUCCAAUUAAAAAUCCGACCUUGACCAUUGGACGGUUCUGGAGGUUUCACAGAAGUCCCAGAAAUUGGGUUGGACUGACCUCUUCUUACAACCCCUGAGUUCAACAUCAAGUUCUGAGCAGGCUGAAGAUGCAACAAAGUAACAAGAAUGACCAAAUUGUUUUAGUGUGGCACUGUUCCUCAUCUAACAGUAAAAUGUUAAUUUAACAUAAAAAAUAUAUUUUCAGUUUACUUUAUGUUCAGUCAAAUCAGAAUUUAUAAACCUGUGAUUAUUAAACCAAAUUAUACAACCAAAA